AUUGGUUAUCACUUCAAGAACUUACAACCAUAUCCUCCCUAUAAAUCCUAUAUAAUAAGGUUACUUGUUUGGGCCUUCUAAUUAGCACAUUUUUCUCUCAAUAGUCUACCCUUUCUCUCUCUCUCUCUCUCUUGCCAUGUUGUUCUUACACGUUCAAUAACUCAACACUACACAAGACCUAAAACAAAGGAGAGAAACAAAGAAAGUGUCAUCUUUAUUAACUCUCACUCUCUUUUAUUAAUUCUCAUUUCGAUUCUAAGAUCCUGAAAAAUGACCACAGAGAGCAGUGACAGCAGAGAGUUGAAGAGAAUGGAUAGCAGAACAAAUGGGUCCUCUUAUCAAGAUCCUGUAGAAGAUCCAAACUACGAAGAAAGAAACAGUAACAAAGACAUAAUGAAGACGAAAGGAGAUGAUCAAUCUGGGGCAGACGAUUCUGUUGAGAUGAUAUUCGAAGCGAAAGAGGUCCCAACAUGGAAGGACCAGCUGACAAUAAGAGCAUUUGUAGUGAGCUUUGUGUUGGGUAUACUGUUUAGUUUCAUUGUAAUGAAACUAAAUCUUACUACUGGUAUCAUUCCAUCGCUGAAUGUUUCUGCUGGGCUUCUGGGUUUCUUCUUCGUCAAAACCUGGACAAAGUUUUUAAGUAAAUCUGGCCUUCUGAAACAACCUUUCACCAGACAAGAGAAUACUGUGAUUCAAACCUGCGUUGUUGCUACCUCUGGCAUUGCCUUUAGUGGUGGUUUUGGAAGCUAUCUCUUUGGUAUGAGUGAAGUGGUUGCUAAACAAUCAACAGAAGCCAAUACUGCAGGAAACAUAAAGAACCCAUCGUUGGGAUGGAUGAUUGGCUUUCUUUUUGUUGUUAGCUUUCUUGGCCUCUUUUCUGUAGUGCCUCUUAGAAAGAUAAUGAUCGUAGACUUCAAAUUGAUAUACCCAAGUGGAACUGCUACUGCUCACCUUAUCAACAGCUUCCACACCCCUCAGGGUGCCAAGUUAGCAAAGAAACAAGUGAGAGAAUUAGGUAAGUUUUUCUCUUUCAGUUUCUUGUGGGGUUUCUUCCAAUGGUUCUUCACUGCUGGAGAUGACUGUGGAUUUAUCAACUUUCCGACAUUUGGUCUCCAAGCCUAUCAACACAAGUUUUAUUUUGAUUUCUCUGCUACAUAUGUUGGUGUGGGAAUGAUUUGCCCAUAUCUAAUUAACAUCUCUCUACUAGCUGGAGCAAUUCUAUCAUGGGGUAUUAUGUGGCCUCUCAUCGAUACUAGAAAAGGUCAUUGGUAUUCUGCAGACCUCAGCCCAAGCAGCCUCCAUGGCCUACAAGGUUACAAGGUUUUUAUAGCUAUAGCUAUGAUCCUUGGUGAUGGUGCCUACAACUUCUUCAAAGUCCUUAGCCGCACCCUGCUUGGUUUAUACCAACAAUUCAGUACUAAAGACUCCGUUCUCCCAGUUAACAAUAAGUCACCUUCUAUGAAUUCUUCAACUGUGUCUUAUGAUGAUAAAAAACGUACUGAAUUAUUUCUCAAAGACCAAAUCCCAACAUGGUUUGCUAUUACUGGCUACGUCAUUAUUGCAAUUAUCUCAAUAAUCACAGUUCCUCACAUCUUCCAUCAGCUCAAGUGGUAUCAUAUUGUAGUCAUUUAUAUCAUAGCACCAGUACUAGCUUUUUGUAAUGCUUAUGGAUGUGGGCUCACAGAUUGGUCCUUGGCAUCCACUUACGGAAAGCUAGCAAUCUUCACAAUUGGGGCAUGGGCAGGAGCUGCUCAUGGUGGGGUUCUUGCAGGUUUAGCAGCAUGUGGGGUGAUGAUGAAUAUUGUGUCCACAGCAUCUGAUCUUAUGCAAGAUUUUAAGACUGGUUAUAUGACAUUGGCUUCACCAAGGUCAAUGUUUGUGAGCCAGAUUAUUGGAACUGCAAUGGGUUGUGUAAUUUCUCCUUGUGUUUUCUGGCUCUUCUACAAGGCAUUCCAUGAUCUUGGCAUUCCUGGAACAGAAUACCCAGCUCCAUAUGCUCUUGUUUAUCGUAACAUGUCAAUACUUGGUGUGGAAGGUUUCUCAGCCUUACCAAAGCACUGCCUUACAUUGUGUUACGUAUUCUUCAUAGCAGCUAUAGUUAUUAAUGUCAUUAGAGAUAUAGUUGGAAAGAGAGGAGCUCAAUAUAUCCCUAUUCCUAUGGCAAUGGCAAUACCCUUCUAUCUCGGAGGAUACUUUGCUAUUGACAUGUGUGUUGGGAGCUUGAUAUUGUUCAUGUGGAGGAAGAUUAACAAGGCCAAGGCUGAUGCAUAUGGCCCUGCUGUAGCUUCUGGGUUGAUUUGUGGUGAUGGCAUAUGGACUUUGCCUAGCUCAAUACUGGCUUUGGUAGGUGUCAGGCCACCAAUCUGCAUGAAAUUCCUGUCCAGCAAGCAAAAUGGCAGGGUGGACAAUUUCUUAAACUCCUAAUACUUAUUUACCUAAGUAGCUUUGCUGUUUCUUUUGAACGGUUAAAUUAUUUUACCUUUUGUUUCUUUUCCUCUUUAGUAUUACUUCUUUUGUCUUCA